AUGAAAAAUAAAUUAUCUACUGUGUUUGUUAGAUGCGUCCAUACACCAAGUUAUGAACAAAUCGCAAAUAAAUUCAGAUUUCUACCAAGAGAGAAAACUACAACAAUAAGUCAAUUGGAUAAUUAUAAAGUAGGAGAGCAGGUAAUAUUAAAUGGUUGGUUAUUAAAUAAGACUAAACAAUUGAACAAAAACUUACAAUUCAAUAAAAUUAGAGAUAUUAAUGGUGAUGAAAUUCAAAUUGUGGAUACUUUAAACUGUUUGAAAAAUAGAAAGAUGGAAGAUGUAAUUCAAAUAACAGGUAAGAUUCAAUUGAAACAGAAAGGUAAAAUAUCGGCAUCAUCUAUAGAAAAAGAGAUUAAAUUAGAUAAACUGCAAGUUUUAAAUGCCUCUAAUGAAAUUCCAAUUCAAUUAAGUAACGUAGUGGAAUAUCCAAACGAAUAUAGAUUUUUAGAACUACGUAAAAGAAUUCAAAGCAGAAAUUAUCUUUGGAAACGAUAUGAAAUGAUUAAAUUUAUUAGGACUGAACUAGAUUUGAAAAACUUUAUUGAGAUUGAAACGCCAUAUUUAUUUAAAAGUACUCCCGAAGGUGCCUCUGAAUUUCUUGUGCCAACAAGACAAUUUAAUAAAUCAAAUAAUAAAGUAAAGAUGUAUGCCUUACCUCAGAGUCCUCAGCAAUAUAAGCAAUUAUUGAUGAGUAGUGGUAUUAAUAGAUACUUUCAAAUUGCUAAAUGUUUUAGAGAUGAAGAUUUAAGAAAGGAUAGACAACCAGAAUUUACCCAAUUAGAUAUUGAAAACUCUUUCAUUAAUGAUCCAAAUGAUAUAAUACAAUUAAUUGAUGAUUUGAUAAUUAAAAUUUGGACUCGGUUCAGUUAUAAGAAAAAAUUGAAAUUAUUAACUUGGAAUGAUGAGCUAAAGCAAUUCGAAAAUUUAUUGGAAUCAUCUUUAAAUUCAUUGUAUAAGAUGAAAUAUAAUUAUGCAAUGGAAACGUAUGGUAUUGAUAAGCCAGAUUUGAGAGCUCCAAAUUUGAAAAUCAUUAAUUUGAAAAACAUUCUUCUAGAUUUACCACCUAAUAAGCAAAAUAAGCAAUUUCCUGAUAUUGAAAUAAUCGUAUUAAGAAACGCCUUUGAUAAUAAAGAAGUAGAAGAAAGUUAUAACACAAGAUGGUCCCAAAUUUUGGAAAAUCCCAGUAAUUAUAAUUAUCGUAAACCAAUUGUAGUUGCUAUUCAAAAUGAAACGGACAAGAUUAAUUGGUAUAAGCAUUGUUCUGAUAUUUUUGACAUUUCAUCAGAUGAAACAAAUGCUUCACAUAUAUUGAAUAAAAGUUUGAAGUUAAAUAUUGGUGAUAUUAUUUGUUGUAGUACAAGGCAGCCUAAUGGGAAAAUAUUUGAAAACCCAACUCCACUAGGAAGAUUAAGGCAGCUGGUCUUAGAGAGUGAUAUCGGUUCCAAAUUAUAUUUUGAGACACCUAAUGAUGUUUCUGAAUGGGUUAUAGAUUUUCCUCUUUUUAAUCCAGUGGAAAAGGAAUCUACAGAGAAAUUAGAUUAUCCCAUUUAUGAAGAGAAUCAAUUAACCAGCACACAUCAUCCAUUCACUAUGGCAAAUAUUGAUGAUAUUUCCGAUAAAUUAUUAAACGCACAGAAUAAAAUUGAUAAAAUAUUAGAAACUAGAGGUAUGCAUUAUGAUUUGGUUAUUAACGGUAUGGAAAUAGGUGGUGGUUCGAUUCGUAUUCAUGAUAGCGAAUUACAAGAGUAUAUCUUCAAAGAAAUAUUAAAAGUGAAUAAUUAUGAGGCUAAAUUUGGGCACUUAUUAAAAGCUUUCCAAAUGGGUACACCGCCCCAUGGUGGUAUUGCUUUAGGUAUUGAUAGAUUAUCUACUAUUAUAUGUGGUGUUAAAAGUAUAAGGGAUGUGAUUGCCUUCCCUAAAAAUAGUAUUGGGAGCGACUUAAUGGUUGGAAGCCCGAGUGAAGUUCCAGAUGAUACUUUGGCAAGAUAUAAGCUACAAUCACAAAAAGAGUGA